AUGCCGGCAAAGACGUCCAGUGCCUGCUCGAAGGCUAUGACGGCAAAGGGGGAGCCGAACAGCACUGAACAAUAUCAAGACUUUUUGUUGGGCUCGGUGCACGGCCGGAGAUUGUGGCGACCAGGUGCCAGCCCUCUAAUCAACCACAAGGGACCGAUGGAGAGUUUGACAAAGGGAAAGACUUGGGAAGGAUUACGGCCCCUCAGUGAAAAUGCGGACCUGUUUUGA